CAGAGGCGCAGUCAGAGGGAGAACACCAGGCGCGGCGCGGGCGGCUCCGGCUCAGCUCCGGCCCCGGAAAGACGCGAUGGCGAGCAGCGACAGCCACUACGCCGCGGAGAGCUUUCUCGGCUCGGACGGGGACGAGGAGGCGACCCACGAGCUGGAGACGGAGGAGGAGUCAGAGGGCGAGGAAGAUGAGACGGCCACGGAGUCGGAGGAGGAGCCGGACGCCAGGUUAUCAGACCAGGAUGAAGAGGGCAAGACCAAGCAGAAGUGUAUCAUAUCUGACCCCUCCUUUUCCAUGGUGACAGUUCAACGGGAAGAUAGUGGAAUAACAUGGGAGACCAAUUCAAGUAGGUCUUCCACUCCUUGGGCUUCGGAGGAAAGUCAGACUUCUGGAGUGUGUAGCCCGGAAGGGUCGACUAUGAAUUCUUCUGCAGGGAAUGUUUCCUUUAUUGUGGAUGAAGUUAAAAAGGUUCGGAAAAGAACACCUAAGUCAAAGCAUGGCUCACCAUCUUUGCGUCGCAAAGGCAACAAAAAAAGAAAUUCUUUUGAAGCCCAAGAUGUUCCAGCAAACAAAAAAGAUAAUCCUUUAAUUUCCGAAAGCCAAGUACUAAAGACCCAGAAAGAUAAGUCACCUACAGGCAAUUAUGAUAAAAUGAGAAAAAAGACCACCUCAAAUAUACCUCCUAUUACUGGAGCAAUAUACAAAGAACACAAGCCGUUAGUGUUACGGCCAGUCUACAUAGGAACAGUACAAUAUAAAAUUAAGAUGUUUAAUUCAGUUAAAGAAGAAUUAAUUCCUCUACAAUUUUAUGGAACAUUGCCAAAGGGUUAUGUAAUUAAAGAAAUACAUUACAGGAAGGGGAAAGAGUCAUCCAUCAGUCUAGAGCCAGAUUCAGGCAAUCAUGAUGCUAAUAUAGUUUCCAAGACAGGCAAAUUAGUAGCCCAAAGCAUAGAAGAUGAUAAAGGAAAAGAGCUUACUUCACCUUGGGGAGGUGUACGCUCCAAAGGGUCAAAGUCCCUGACCUCCUCAGUCAGUCGCGAGGAUAAAAAGAAAAAUUACGCUGAUUCUCCUCUAAAGGCUGCAUCUGCCACCAAGCACACAGUUUCCUCUUAUUCAAGUAAUGACACAGCAAAACAAGAAACACAGCUCAAACCUCCACAGGUCGUGUCACAACAGGCAGCCGAUGAAGCAAAACCCCGGGAAACGGAGCCUUCUCUUAUACCCGAUACAUCUGCAGCUGUGUUCCUGGAAACAGCAAAGGAAGAAUUUGAGUCUGAUUCACAAGAAACUGUAAUUUCAGAGCAUGACUCUUCAGUCUCACCACCUUUAGUGGAUAACAUAAAGAAGGAAGACAUAUAUUCUGCUGACAGUUCCAUUUCACUGGAGGCAAAGAAGGAUUCUCUGGAAACGGGUUCGCCAGAUCUGGCAGCAUCUGUCCAGGAAGAUUUUGGCCCAGAGAGAGAAGAACUGGACCUAACUUCACUAGAAAGGGCAGAACCAGUUUCUGAACAACUAACGCCUCCUCAUCUUGAUGUCAAAGGGGAGAAGGAAGAAAACAUGCCUGAGCCAUCCAUUUCUCCUUCUGAACCGCUAGUGUUAGAGGAACUAGAGAAAAAAGAAAUAGAAACUUCUCUACCAAUAGCUGCUACCCCUGAGCCUGAAGAUUCUAAUUUAGUAGAAGAAGAGAUCAUAGAACUUGAUUACCCAGAAAGUCCAUCAGUUUCUGAGGAGCCCUUCUCACCACAUUUAGUCCCUGAGGAGAAGCAGAAAGAAGAAGAGACCAUUCUACCAUUACUGACAACAUCAAUGCCUGAACAUGUUGCUUUGUCUGAGGAAGAAAGAGAGGAAAAUGAGUCUGUUUCUACUGAUUCUGCUUUUGUAUCAGAGUAUUCAGUCCCACAGGAUAUGAACCAGGAACUAGAGAAGCAAGAAGUUGAGCCAGUUUCUCCAUUCAAUGUAAAAUCUAUAUCUGAACGUGCACUUUUGUCAGAAGAGGAGAAUGAGGAAUUUGAGCCUCGUUCCCCAGCUUCGGCCUCUGCAUCUGAACGCUCUUUCUCACCCUCCAUAACUGAGAAGACGUCUGAGUGCCAGGCACCCCUGUUUUCAACAGUUACGUCACAACACGUGGUCCUGUCCGGAGAAGAAGGCUCAGAAAGUGGGCGUUACACAACAGAUUCCACAUCAGCUUCUGAGGACUCCGUUCCGUCACAGGCAACAAAAGAGUCACUGAAGAAAACUGACCAUAAGUCCCCAUUAAAAUCAAAAGAUGUUUCUGAGCACAUGAUUCUGUCAGAAGAGGAGAAGGAAGACGCUGGGCCAUAUUCCCCAGAGGUGGCCUCUGCGUCUGAACACUCUCUGCCCCCAUGCACAACUGCAUUGACUUCUGAGUGCCAGUCACCACCGCUUUCAGCCCCUGCGUCGGAACAUGAAGUCCUAUCAGAAGAGGACCUAGGAAGUGAGCGUUUUGCACCAGAUUCAACAUUGACUUCCCAAUAUGCAGUUCCACCAAAAGUAACACAGGAAGCCCCGAAGAAAAUAAUUGAUGAUGUGUCCCCAUUAAAAUCGAAAGGUGUUUCUGAGCCCAUGAUUCUAUCAGAAGAGAAGGAAGACGCUGGGCCAUAUUCCCCAGAGGUGGCCUCUGUGUCUGAACACUCUCUGCCCCCAUGCACAACUGCAUUGACUUCUGAAUACCAAGCCCCACCACUUUCAGCCACCCCAUCUGAAUAUGUGGUCCCAUCAGAGGAAGAGACAAUAGAAAUAGAGCAGUACACACCCUCUUCCACCUCCGUUUCUGAAUUUUCAGUACCACCAUGUGCAACACCAGAAUCACAGGAGGAAGAAAUUGUCCACAGUGCUCCUUUAAAUCUAAAAGGCGCCUCCUCACCUAUGAAUUUCUCAGAAGAAGAGCAAGAAGACAUUGGACCGUUUUCUCCAGACUCUGCAUUUGCGUCAGAAUUCUCAUUUCCACCCUAUGCAACUCAGGAAACAGAGAAAAGAGAAUUUGAGUCUGAUUCUCCAAUAUGUUUAACAUCACCAUCUGAGCACACUAUUUUGUCAGAUGAAGACACUGAAGAAGCUGAACUUUUUUCUCCAGACUCAGCAUCACAAAUUUCACUCCCAUCAUAUAGAAUCCCAGAAACAAAGAAAAAUGAAAUUGAGCCUGAUUUACUGUUAGCUGCAAUAUCUGCUCAAGGAUAUUCCAGCUUUUCAGAAGCAGAUGAGGAAGUUGAAUCAACAGCUUCUACACCUGUACCUGAGCAUCUCAGUUCAUCAGAGAAGCAACAUGCUGAACCUUCCCAUCUGACGUCUGCACCUGAAGACUUGAGUGUGUCACCUGCAACAAAUAAAGCAGAGAAAGCAGAUGCUCAAACAACUUUAGCAUCUGUAUCUGAAUAUCUCAUUUUAGCACAGAAGCAGGAAACUCAAGCAGUUUUAGAACCUAAGUCUGAAAAUUUGAUUCCACCAUAUUUAACCAGUGAAGCAGGAAAGGGAGAAAUUAAGACAAGUUCAUCAGUAGGUACAACACCUGUUUCUUUACCUGUGCAACCAUCCGAGAUAAAGGAAGAAACCAAACCUGUUUUGCCUUCAUCUCAGGAUUCAAUUUCACCUGAUUCAGUUCUUAAGAAAGAACAAGAACCCAAAGCAUUGCUCACUCCAAAAGCUGCAAGUGAACAGAUGGCUUUGUUAAAAGUUAAAAGUGAGGAAGAAAUUGUGCCCGACUCUCAAGAAGCUACAGUACAUGUAUCACAAGAUCAAGAAAUGGAGCCUCAGCUUCCAAAUGUUCUAGGAUCUGGGAUGAAAUAUUCAGUUCUGUCUGACUUGGUAGAUGAGCGAAAGAAGGAUGUCAAACCCAAUUUAGCUCCAACUGUGACAUCUGAACUAGAACAAAGAAAGUUGUCAGGGAACGAGCCUGAAGUAAUAAAGCCAUAUUCACCUGUAAAGGAAACAUCUCCAUCUGGACCUGAGAUUUUAUCAGUAGUGAAAACGGAAGUGAAACAUGGUUCUAAAAUAACUGGUACACCUACAGUGCUGCAUUCAGCUUCACGAGGAGUGGAAAAUGGAGUUGAACGUGGACAAUCUGCACCCGAAUUUUCAGAUUUGUCAGAAAAAAUAAAGAAAGAAAUUGAACCCAGCUCUUCAACAACCACAACAUCUGUAACUAAGCAUGAUUCAAGCUUAACCAAAUUAGCAAAAGAAGAAAUCCCAACAGAGUUAGCUCUUACCACCCCUAUGGAACAUCCAAAAGUAGGAGAGAGUGACUUAGGAAGGGGUUUGCCACCAUUGGUAACAUCUAUAGAUGAGCAUUCACUUCCUAAAGAAGAAGAAAACGUAACAAUUAAAGCUAUUUCUCCUCCCAUUGAAACUGCUGCGUCCAAACAUCCAGCUUGGUCAGAAGCAGAGAAGGAAAUUAAAUUUGGUUCACCUCCAAGCAUAUCCUCUAUACCAGAGCAUUCUAUUUUCUCAAAGGCAAAAACUGAAGAAGUUACACCUGGCUUGCCAAUAACCCAAACACUGUCUUCUCAGCAUGCAGAUGCAUCCAAGGAAGCAAGGGUAGAAAAUGAACAAGGUCUAUCAUUUUCUACAGUCCUUGACUCUGAACGUUUGGUUUUAUCACAGAAAAAGAAUUCUGUGUCUGCCUCAGAGGUGUCAGGGCCUGAACAUGUGCUUUCGCCCAGCCUAGGUGGUGAGAUACAGAAAAAAGAAACUGAACUUCCUUCCUCACAAAACGUGUCACCUGCACCCAAAUAUAUAGUUCCAAAAGACAAAAAUGAGAAGAUGGCAAGUUCUUCUCCCGAGCUGGAAAAUUUAGAGUCAAAUGAUUUAGCUCUGACAUUACCAACCUUCAGUCAUGGUAAGAACAAACAGGGAAUGGAGACAUCUUCUACAGCUCAGGGACAUUUCCUGUCAGAAAAACAAGAUCUUGGUCUGGCAGAGCUCUCUUUGGGUCCUGAGAAGAAAGACAAGCCACACCAAGUAUCAGAAUUACCAAAUGCUGAGUUGGAAUUCACUAGUGGUUUAGGUAGGCAAAGUGGAUCUAUAGAUACCAAACAAAUAAAAUCUCCUACAACUGAAACAGGGGGUUCUAUCUUAGAAAAGGGCCUUGCUGAGGUUAGGAGCAAAGGAGAAGGAAAAGAAGAAAACAGGGAACUUCCUGGGUCAACUAUAGUGCCUGAAAUUUUGGAGGUUUCAUCAUGCUUUAAGGAAGAACCUCAGAAGCAAGAAAUUAAAUCUAUCUCUCCUAAGGUAGCCAGCUUAGAAUCAAAAAAACCGCUCACCUCUCUAGUUGAAGGAGACAACCAAGAAGAAUGUCAGCCAUAUACUAUUUCUUUAAAAGGAUUAUCGGAAGAGUUGAACCAUUCAGCUGACUUUAAAAGGGGGGGAAAUCAAGAAAUAAGCUCAUUACAGCCAACAGCAAAUUUGAAGGCACAAGUUACAGGACAUACUGUAACUACACCAAAUGAAGAAACAGACCAACCAGAUUCGUUCCCUGUACCUCAGAGUAUAACCGAACCCUCAAAGAUUGCUUCUUCUGACCUCCUCAUGGAACAAGAGAAGCCUGAAAAACCACUUCAUUAUAAUCAGGCUGCUAAAUUACCUGAUGUAAGCACGUCUUGUGUGGAUAAACAAGAUCUGGGUAUUAAACAACUUUCAAUUAUGAAAGAGAAUUUGCCUUUAGAAGAAUCAAAAUCAUUUAUGACAACUGAGUCGGCAGAUGUUGAAGAAACACAAAUGAAAGAGGCCUUUCUUCCUUCAAAGAAUGAAAACUGGAUGGUGGAAAAGCCAGAAAGUGUUUUGGCAAGUCCUCAUGAAGAAAGAGUACUGGGAUCUGUGCAGCCAGCUUCCUCCGGCCGCAGUGAUGUUAUGGCAAGGCAGCUCAAGCCUCCUCUGUUAGAUAAAGACGAAACCCGAAAGCAGCUUCUGCCACGUUCUGCUGAAAAAUCUCAUUUAUCAUUACAAGAACCAGUAUCUACUCUUGAUAUCUCCAGGGGUAAUGAAGAGACCUUAUCAACUGAAACUUCUUCUGAAGAAAUACGGCUGGCCCCAAAACCAAAAUCUUUAGUUCCAGCUGGAAAUGUACAGAGAAGUGAAACAGAGGGGAAACAGAUUAUUUCUUCUGUGGGAAUUAGAAGUUCAAUAUUGGAGAAAGCAGGCACAGAAUUUACCAGGCCUCCCAAAGAAGACAGCCAGGAAGAAAUCAAGCUACCUUCUGAAAGAAUCCUCCAGAAACCAGUGUCUGGCUCAUCAGUGGAACAGGUCAAAGAAGGCCAUUUUCUGGCAAAAGAUAUAGAACCUGCAUUGAGCAAUAGAAAAGAAGCACACAGCAGUAUCUCUCCUUUACUUGGAGAGAAGCCAUUAGAAGAAUCAAAACCAGUUCAGGUAAAGGUUGUAGACGAUGCUAAUGAGAGAGGGAGACCAACCUCUGAAGGGAAAAUACCCACACAAAUAAAACCCCUCUCCUCGAUCCAAGAAAAUGAAGCACCUCAACCCGCAGAGCCCCCUGAGGAGACACAAAAGCUGCCUAAGCAGCCAAAGGCAGUUAAACCAGGACUUUCUGAGGAAAAGGGAAAGAAAGGAAUUUCAUCUUUUACAUCGUGGAUGUCCAAUUUGUUUUUUAGAUCAAGCACUGCAAGUAACAAAGUUGCUGAAAAAGAAGAUUUAGAAACUCAGCCAAGUCAAUCUGUAGAAAAAGUAGUGGCUGUGAUAGAGCCUAAAGGUACAGCUCCAGAGGACUUGAAUGCAACUGAGAAAGCAGCUGACCAUCCAUUACCGGAGGCAAAACUUACAGCUGCUGAAGAGUCCAGAGGUGCUUUGGUUAAAUCUGGUGAAGGUCAAGAUUUUAAAGAAAAACCGACACUUUUAUCAAAUGUAGAAGAUUUACAACAGCCAGAAUCUAAAUCUGAGGUGUCCAGUGAAGAUCAUGGCAAGAAAGAAACCCUAGACUAUUCAGAAGAAAUGGACCUAAACUCAGUAGUUACUUCUGCUGAUGGUGAGGAACAUCUUGGAAUUCAAUCUUAUUCUCCCAUGGGUGAGAAAUCCAUUAUGGAAGAAGCCAAAAAUGCUGUUCCUCUGCGUGUCACUGAUAGUAAAAGAGCCCAGAUGCCAGAAAUCUCUUCUCCCUCUAAAUGGAGUAUCUCUAUUGCUCAGGAAGAGCCAAGAAGUGAUCAAACAGAAAAAUCACUCUUUUCAUUUGAUGCAGUAGAUAAGGUGCCACAACAGCCCAAAUCAGCUUCAUCUAGCUGCACAAGUAAAAGUACCAUGAAGCUAUCAGAGAAGCCACAGUCAAUAAGUUUGCCAAUAGAAGAAUACAAAGGCAGUCUUAUUGAUCUUGGUGAAGAUAGACUAAAGAAAGAAAUGUCCAAACCUACUUCCUUGGAAAUUUCUGAAGAAGAAAUGAAACUCAGGUCUGUUAGUUCAACUGAGGAGAAAGAUAACUUGGAAACCAGAUCAUAUUCCUUGGCAGAAAAGAUGGUGCUGGCAGAAAAACAAGAAACUGUGGCACCAUUAGAGCUAAGAGAUAAUAAUGAAAUUGGAAAGGCACAAAUUACACAUGGAUCUAUUAAAUUGGAAGAAUCAAAAGCUGCUGGUGUGCUGCAGCAAGUCUAUCAAAACAAAGACCACAAAGAAAGACACAAACUUAUUGUGGAGGAGAAAGGAGAAGAAAAAGCCAAGCAGUCACAUGUAUUUUCAGAAGGGGAGAAGAAGCAGGAAACUCAGCCUUAUUCUGUGAAUGUAAUCAGGUCUACACCUGAAGAAUCAGAUGUCUCUUUAAGUCAUUCUUUGGGUAAAACUCAACCAUUUUCAUUAGUUAAAACCAUAUCAAUUACUGAAAAAUCAGACACCAUGAUCUCAGAGGCUCACCCAGAAAUCGGGGAAACAAAGACAGUAGGAAUCCAACCACAUCUAUUAGAAGAAAGUAAAGUGUUGGUGGAGAAACCUGAGGCUUUCAUUCCAGUGGAUCUUCCUUAUUGUGAGGAAAUAGAUAACCGCUCUUUUCCUAAAGAAGGAAAUCUGGUAUUGGAAAAAUCAAGCAGGGAUAUGGCGAGUCACAGUGAAGAAAAGGGACAGGUCACGGUAUCAGAAGUGUCAAAGGAUGGUUCAAUAGAUAUCACAAAAGAAAGUAUGAGACAAGGAUCUCCAGCUAAAGAAUCUGAAAGGAUUUUAGAUCGUCCUGUGGGUGAAUCAAAGACCUUAGAAACACCAUCACAUUUGUUGUCAUCUGUGAAACCACAAACACUUGUUUCAGGGGCUUCUCCAGAAAUUAGUACAGUAAAGAACAAAGAAAUUAGUGCAGUGACGAGACAAGAAAUGACUCCAGAUAGGCAUACAGUCUGUCCUAUUCAAACAUCUAAAGAGCAAACAUCUGAAAUAUCUAAACAACCUGUUCUUUCAAAGCACCACUUGGAGGCUCUAGAAUCGGCUUAUGUAAACGAACCACCCUCUUUAGCAAGCAGCAACUAUGCUCAAUUUAUAAGAAAUGCAUCAACAACCAGUGCCGAUAAAAUGGUUUCUACUAGAGAAAUAUCCGAGGAGCCUGAAGACACAUAUGAAAAAGGUGGAUUUAAAAUGACUAGUAAGCCAGCUGGACUUUCAGAAGAUCAAAAGAGUGCCUUCAGUAUCAUUUCUGAAGGCUGCGAGAUAUUGAAUAUUCAUGCUCCUGCAUUUAUUUCUUCAGUUGAUCAGGAAGAAAGCGAACAAAUGCAAGAUAAGUUAGAAUAUUUGGAAGAGAAGACCUCAUUUAAAACUCUACCCCUCCAUGCUGAUAGUGAGGCAAUUGCUUGCCAUAAAACAUUAAAGAGUAAAUUAGAAGAUUCUGAUAAAAAAGUUACAUCGUUGACAGAAAGUAAACAAAAGGAAACUCAUAAAACAAAAGAGAUAGCCACAGAUUCAGAAACUGGUGAUUUAGCCUUUAAUCAGCCCACAAUUCCCAGUGAAGAGGAUUAUUUUGAAAAAUAUACAUUGAUAGAUUAUAACAUCUCCCCAGACCCAGAAAAACAGAAAGUUCUAUCGAAAUUAAAUGUUGAAGCAGAACUCUCAAAGGAAAUUCCAGAAGAAACUAUCUCUUUCCCAGAAAGUUCAGAGGAAAGUGCCCUCGAACGUGAAUAUGACUUGGUGGAAUUAGAUGAAAGAUUUUAUGGACCAGAAAAGGACUACAACAAGUUAUCUCACCUAGAGACCCAAAAGUCUUUGGUUAUCCAAAAAUCAUCUGACAGAGAUGCUCCAAAGAGUAUAAACAGAGAUGUGGACUCAAAAUCACCUGGGAUGCCUUUAUUUGAUGCAGAGGAAGGAGUUUUGUCACGAACCCAGAUAUUUCCUACCACUGUUAAAGCCAUUAAUCCCGAACUUCUGGAAGAGCCACCUGCACUUGGAUUUUUAUACAAGGAUCUGUAUGAAGAAGCAGUUGGAGAGAAAAAGAAAGAAGGGGAGACAGCUUCUGAAGGUGACAGCAUGAAUUCUGAGGCAUCAUUUCCAAGCAGAAAUUCUGAUACUGAUGAUGGAACGGGAAUAUACUUUGAGAAGUACAUACUCAAAGAUGACAUUCUCCAUGACACAUCUGUAACUGAAAAGGACCAAUGUCAAGGUCUGGAAGAAAAAACAGUUGGUAAGGAUGAUUCGUACCAACCAAUAGCAACAGAAGGAGAAGUUUGGGGGAGGUUUGGAACUAUUCUUGGGGAAAAGAGCCUGGAAGAGGAACAGAAAGCUGCUUCCAGGGAAGGAGAAUCAGGAGACCACAUGGAGACCUUGGACAAUGUAGCUACGCAGAGAAAAGCUCCCAUUGCUGAGGAAGUCACAGUGGUUACCCAGAAGGUAAGCUAUGCAGUUCCAUUUGAAGACACCCAUCAUGUUCUGGAAAGAGUAGAUGAAACGAGCAGUCAGAGUCAUGAAGCAGCAAAUGCAAACCCCGAGGUCAAUGUGAAUGUCCCAGUACAAGUGACCUUCCCAGAGGAAGAAUUCGCACCUGGUGCUACGUGUGUUCAGGAAACGCUGCAAGAAGUACCUGCCAUAGUGGUCCCACCUGAGCCAAGUGAAGAUAGGCUCCGCAAUAGCCCUAUUCAGGAUGAGUAUGAAUUUGCUGAAUCCCAGAAUUACGAAGUGGUUACUCAAGACACUUUAUCAGAAGAACCGUAUUCAGUCUCUACCCCUGAAGACCUGUUACCUCAAGGAAAGGAAUCCUUUGAACACAUCAGUGAAAAUGAAUUUGUAAGUGAGGUGGAACAAAGUAUGUCUGCUGAACAGAGAGAGUUGGACAGAAAGAGGACAGAAGAAGACCAACUAUCAUCAGAGUUAGUUGCCGAGAAGGAACAAAAGGAACUGAAAAAGUCCCAGAUUGACACAUAUUGCUACACUUGCAAAAGCCCAAUUUCUGCCGUUGACAAGAUGUUUGGCACCCAUAAAGACCAUGAGGUUUCAACGCUUGAUACAGCUAUAAGUGCUGUAAAGGUUCAAUUAGCAGAAUUUCUAGAAAAUUUACAAGAAAAGUCCUUGAGGAUUGAAGCCUUUGUUAGUGAGAUAGAAUCUUUUUUUAAUACCAUUGAGGAAAACUGUAGUAAAAAUGAGAAAAGGCUGGAAGAACAGAAUGAGGAGAUGAUGAAGAAGGUUUUAGCACAGUACGAUGAGAAAGCCCAGAGUUUUGAGGAAGUAAAGAAAAAGAAGAUGGAGUUCCUGCAUGAUCAGAUGGUCCACUUCCUGCAGAGCAUGGACACAGCCAAGGACACUCUAGAGACCAUCGUGAGAGAAGCCGAGGAGCUUGAUGAGACUGUUUUCCUGACUUCGUUUGAGGAAAUCAAUGAAAGGUUGCUUUCUGCAAUGGAGAGCACUGCUUCUUUAGAGAAAAUGCCUGCUGCAUUUUCACUUUUUGAACAUUAUGAUGACAGCUCGGCGAGAACUGACCAGAUGUUAAAACAAGUGGCUGUUCCACAGCCGCCUAGGUUAGAACCUCAGGAACCAAAUUCCGCCACUAGUACAACAAUUGCAGUUUAUUGGAGCAUAAACAAGGAAGAUGUCAUUGACUCAUUCCAGGUUUACUGCAUGGAGGAGCCACAAGAUGACCAAGAACUAAACGACUUGGUAGAAGAAUACAGAGUCACAGUGAAAGAAAGCUACUGCAUUUUUGAAGAUUUGGAACCUGACCGAUGCUAUCAAGUGUGGGUAAUGGCUGUGAACUUCACGGGUUGUAGCCUGCCCAGCGAAAGGGCAAUUUUCAGAACAGCACCCUCCACCCCUGUGAUCCGUGCUGAGGACUGUACCGUGUGUUGGAAUACGGCCACCAUCCGAUGGCAGCCUGCCAACAUGGAGGCCACUGAGACCUACACUCUGGAGUACUGCAAACAGCGCUCUCCAGAAGGCGAGGGCCUCAGAUCUUUCUCUGGAAUCAAAGGACUCCAGCUGAAGGUCAACCUCCAGCCCAAUGAUAAUUACUUUUUCUAUGUGAGAGCCAUCAAUGCUUUUGGGACAAGCGAACAGAGUGAAGCUGCCCUCAUUUCCACCAGAGGAACCAGAUUUCUCUUGUUGAGAGAAACGGCUCAUCCUGCUCUGCAGAUUUCCUCAAAUGGGACAGUGAUCAGCUUCACUGAGAGAAGACGGCUGACAGAAAUCCCGUCAGUGCUGGGUGAGGAGCUGCCUGCUUGUGGUCAGCAUUACUGGGAAACCACCGUCACAGACUGCCCAGCUUAUCGACUUGGCAUUUGCUCCAGCUCCGCUGUGCAGGCCGGUGCCCUGGGACAAGGGGAGACCUCCUGGUACAUGCACUGCUCUGAGCCACAGAGAUACACAUUUUUCUACAGUGGCAUCGUGAGCAAUGUUCAUGUGACUGAGCGCCCUGCCCGAGUGGGCAUCCUGCUGGACUAUAGCAACCAGAGGCUUCUGUUUAUAAACGCCGAAAGCGGACAGUUGCUCUUUAUCGUCAGGCACAGGUUUAAUGAGAGCGUUCACCCCGCGUUUGCCCUGGAGAAACCUGGCAAAUGUACUUUACACUUGGGGGUAGAGCCCCCGGAUUCUACGAGGCACAAGUGAUCCUGGACUUUCAGAGUUUGAAACAGCAAUGAUCUGAAGUUUGGGCAUCUGUUGUUCUUUCCUUUGGGUGCUAUACAUUAUGCAAAAUGUCUCCCACACAUCUGCAUGAAUGACAGCUACGUGCACCGUGAUCAGCACGUGAGCACAGCCACCGAGGAAAUCUUGUCUUUCGAGGGCAGCGUGUGAGUAAAGAAGAUGGAGAAAACAACCUCCACCCUUUGGGGUAUAUAUGUUUGAGUUCUUUCUGAAAUUCAAAGAAUGUGUACCUGACUUGAAAUUCAAAGAAUGUGUACCUGACUUGGGAACCAAAAUAGAGAAAUGGACUUCCACCCGUUUUAUUGGUAAAAGAAAGUCUCAGAUGGACAGGUCUGAGUGAAGAGAGAAGAUUGUGCUAGUGAUACAUCUCCUCUGACAAACACAGACUUUUUCCACAAGGAAAAUGUGACCUUGCUUUAUUCACUAAAGGAUGAUGAAUCCUAAUCCUAAUCAGAAAGUGUGUUAACUAUCCUAAGUUGAUAAUGAACUCUUUUGUAAUAUAUGCUGUAGAACAUGGGUCUUUUUUCCCUGAAAUUGUAAAUGUAGUAAAGUGCUAGAUAUUAGAAACUUCCAGGUGGUUAAAUAAAUGGUUAGAGUCUAUAAA